CUUAGCCUACUGAUCCUGGCUCCUAAUACAGCACAGUCCAAAAAUGGUUUCCAGGAGUGAUGAGACUGAGACAAGAGCCAGGCUGUCAUAAACCUAAAGUAAUCACAGACUAAUAGAUCUGACGUUGCAGUGGUAACUAGAACCGAAACUUGAUUUUUUGGCAUAUUGUUAGAGCAGAGAAAACCGGACGAUAUCCUAUUGAAGACAAGUGACGGAGACAACUGAACCGGCUCUACAGGCAACCCGCUUCCAGAGGUCCACUGAUAUUGGUAACAAGGUUUGCACGCGCAAGGGACUGCGAGUUAUGGAUUUCCCGGGAACUGUUCUACUGCUACUGUUGUGAGGUUUUCUUCUGCAUUACCUGUUUUAUAACUGUGUUAUUGAAUAUAUUAUUACAAAUAUAUCAACUACAACCUAUUUGAUCAUGUACCAACAUAGUAAGAAAUGUUUCACCAUCGAAUCCCUGGUUGGGAAAGACGUGAACUCUUCGACUAACGGGGACGAACCGAUCAGACCCACAGCGCUGAGGUUCACGGAAUCAAUUCACCCGGCGCCCUUUGGGAGUUGUUUCCAGAACUCCGGCAGGACUUUAUACAGCAGUCCAGACAUGAUGUUCCCUGACCCGGGCACACACACAGGGAACUCCGGUCUGCCCCUGCAUCCCCUCCAGCUUCCAUCUCAGCCUUUCUUCAACCCGCAUCAGAGAGACACGUUGAAUUUCUACCCGUGGGUUCUUCGAAACAGAUAUCUCGGACACAGGUUCCAAGAUGAGGACAGCAGCCCAGAGAACAUGCUCCUUCAUGGGCCUUUUUCCCGUAAGCCGAAGCGCAUCCGGACAGCCUUCUCCCCCUCACAGCUCCUCAGGCUGGAGAGGGCCUUUGAGAAGAACCACUAUGUGGUGGGAGCAGAGCGGAAGCAGCUCGCCAGCGGCCUCUGCCUCACCGAGACACAGGUAAAGGUUUGGUUCCAGAACAGGAGGACGAAGCACAAGAGACAGAAGCUGGAGGAAGAGUCACCUGAGUCGCAGCAGAAGAGGAAAGGAAGCCAGCACGUCAGCCGCUGGAGGGUGGCUACGCACCAGGGCAGUAGCCCCGAGGACAUCGAUGUCAUCUCAGAGGACUGACGUACGUCGUCGGUGUCACCUUGAUUAAACCAUCAUAAAUCAUUUGUCAUGAAUGCAGACUGACUGACUGCUGACUGACUUGUGUCUGAAUGUCGGCAGUCUGUGUGCUCCUCUGAACACCUGGUUUGACCUUUCAAUGAAAACGAUCACUGCUUUAAGUUGGACAGAAGAAGGCCAAGUUUAUCAUUUUAUUACACAGCUCUGACUGCUUUAAACGUGGUGGACAUCUGCAUUUGGUCUAUGUUGCUUGCCAUAGCAGCACAAAUUACUGAAGAGAGACUGUUUGACUGGGAGGAAUCCGUUCAAUACAGUUUGUUACUCUAUUGUCUACCUGAACCUGAGAUUGUUCUUCCUCACACUCACAUUUAACAAAACAUUGUCAUUGUUUUAGCGUUUUCAGUUUGUUGUGUAAUUGUACAAUGCUAAAUAUGCACAAUAUGUUUGUGGUCAAAAAUAAGCCAUUGGUAUGAUAGCUAUAGAGGAACCACCUAGAACAUACUGAUUCAGUUUAGGAUUUUGUUUGUCUUAAUUAUAGUCUUUAGACCAGUCCCACUGAAAGGUAGGCAAUUGCCAAUACAGACAAUACAUCGUAUAGAUGCCACGUUACCCUGAAAUAUGUUUUGGAGUCUCACAUAGGAAUAGUUUGGACAAUUUAAAUUGUAAGUAUUUAUGUACAUCUAAAAAUGGUAUUCUAUGCAUAUUUUGUCCUUGUUUUGAUUCCUCUGGAUUUUUAAAAAGGCCGUUUUUUUUGCCUAGUUUGUUACUCUUUAAAUUCAUUGCAAGUUUGUUUUUGCCUUUUGACAAAUAUUUGAUUAAUUCUACUUAGACCAUGUAGAAUGUACAGUGCAGGCACAUUCAAAGUUCUCCACAAGAAUGACAUGGAAAAACAAAUGUACCUCAAUACUACAUUUAUUUCAGCAACCAUUACCAUUCCUGUGAUAUCAUGUUACGUAGCACUUCGUAGUGGAAUAUAUAUAUAUAUAUAUUUUUUUUUUGUUUUAAAUAGAUGUUAGAAAUAACGCACUAUAAGUAGGCCUACCCUUUCAUUUUCUUUGAACCUAUGCCCCGAGAGUGAACGUUUUUUGUACUUUCUGUGUGUGGUCAGAUGACUUUGGAAAAUAAAAACCAUCAAAAUAACAUUAUUUGUACAAUACUACUGAUAUAUAUUAUGUGCGAGUAUGUCUAAGCGUUAAUUUUAUAACCUAUUUUCAACAUCUAUAAAUUGUCGACACGUCAAACUACAAACACAUAUCGGUUAAAUGACAACGACACAGAACUUGAAAAAGUAAAUUGAUUCACGACGAUUUGGUAUUUGUUAUUUGGUCUACACCUUUGUAGGACACCUGUUAAUAUUUUUGUGAACUGCGGUUGAAUAGUCGA